AAGACACCAAAAUGACAUAACACACGUAAAUAAUUACAGAACAUACGAAAACAGAAAAAAAAAAACAAGAAACCAAAAGCUAGAGAGACUCCAUAACCUUCUCUCUACUUUCACGGGGAGAAACCGAAAAAAAAAAAAAAUCACUGUGGAAAUCAACGAAACAAAGAAUCGAAACUGAUGAAAGUUAGAUUACCAAAAACACGUUUCCCCAGAACACAAACAACUAAGCAAUCUCUAAGAGGGAGAAGGGAGAAGUGGUUUCCGGUUAAAGAUCCCUAAUUUUCCGGUUAACCCAUCGAAUCCAAAAAAAAAAAACCUCGAAAGUGUUCAUCUUUGGCGGAGAGAACCCCAAUUCUCAAUUCUCAACGAUGCAGCCUAAUCUCUUCACAACGAUGCGAAGCUUAAAGCUCAUCGAAGGAUGCAAAGUCUACGCUCUCAACAACAACCCUCCUCCUCCUCCUCCCCCGCCAACUCGCGUCCGCGAAAAGCUCUUACAGCAUCUCCAAGACCACCUCCGCGUCAGCUCAACCCGAUCCAUAACUCACCGAAACGCCGCCGUUUCGUUAGACUCUCUCCUUCCUCACGGCCUCCCCGUCUCCGAUCUCCUCGAGCCUCAGAUCGAUCCUUCCCUAAAGCUCGUCGAUUCGAUAGAGAAGCUCGCCGAAGUCCACCGCCGGAUCGAGAGCUCCUCCCACUCCGUAAAGUCCGAAGCUUUCUUAGAGCAGUCCGUCAUCUUCCGUGGCUUCUCCGAUCCGAAGCUUUUCCGGCGGAGUCUCCGGUCAGCUAGGCAGCACGCCGUCGACGCUCACACCAAAGUGGUCUUAUCCUCUUGGCUCAGGUACGAGAGGAGAGAAGACGAGCUUAUCGGCACCACUCCAAUGGAUUGCUCCGGAAGGAAUCUUGAGUGCCCUAAAGCUACUCUCGUCUCCGGGUACGACCCGGAGUCCGUUUACGACCGUUGCCUCUGUUCGAGAUCAGAGACUAACGCUCCGGAGUGUUCAACGUCUGAGGUGGAGGAGGAUUACGACGUGUCUUUUUGCAUUGGCGAUGAGGAAGUUCGUUGCGUGAGGCGCAAGUUUGCGUCUCUGUCUAGACCCUUUGAGGCGAUGCUGUACGGUGGGUUUAGAGAGACGAGAUGUAACGUUAUCAACUUCACGGGGAACGGGAUCUCCGUGGAAGGGAUGAGAGCUGCGGAGGUUUUCAGUAGGGUUGGUAGAGUUGAGAUCUUCCCUCCUGAAGUUGUCUUGGAGCUUCUCAAAUUGGCUAACCGGUUCUGUUGCGACGAGUUGAAAGCAGCUUGCGAUUCGCAUUUGGCUCGUCUUGUUGAUAGUCUUGACGACGCGUUGUUGUUGGUUGAGUAUGGAUUGGAGGAAGCUGCGUAUCUUCUCGUUGCCGCUUGUCUUCAGGUGUUUCUCAGAGAGUUGCCUCACUCGAUGCGUAACCCUAACGUUGUGAAGAUUUUUUGUAGUGUUGAGGGACGUGAGAGGUUGGGUUUGGUUGGGCAUGGUUCGUUUGUGUUGUAUCUUUUCUUAAGCCAGAUCGCUAUGGAAGAGGAUAUGAAAUCGAACACGACGGUUAUGGUGUUGGAACGUGUGGUCGAAUCCGCGGUCGAGGAUUGGCAGAAACAGCUCGCUUGUCACCAGCUAGGAGCUGUGAUGCUCGAGAGGAAAGAGUAUAAAGACGCGGAGAGAUGGUUUAGCUCCGCGGUGGAGGCUGGUCAUGUGUACUCCCUUGUUGGUGUAGCCAGGUGUAAGUUUAAGCGUGGACAUAGAUACUCUGCUUAUAAGAUCAUGAACUCGCUGAUCUCGGAUUGUUCAGCUACUACUGGAUGGAUGCAUCAGGAGAGGUCCUUGUAUUGCAGCGGUAAAGAGAAGCUGGUUGAUUUGGAGAUAGCCACUGGUUUGGACCCGACUUUGACUUUCCCUUACAAGUUCAGGGCGGUGUCAUUGGCAGAGGAGAGUCAGUUCGGUGCUGCGGUCGCGGAACUUAACAAGAUCAUGGGGUUUAAGGUCUCUCCUGACUGCUUAGAGAUGCGAGCGUGGAUCUCUAUAGCUAUGGAGGACUACGAGGGUGCGUUGAAAGAUAUCAGAGCGGUUUUGACGUUGGAGCCGAACUUCUUGAUGUUUAACAAGAAGAUCCAUGGUGAUCAUAUGGUGGAGCUUCUCCGCCCGCUUGUCCAGCAAUGGAACCAGGCUGAUUGCUGGAUGCAGCUGUAUGAUCGUUGGUCGUCUGUUGAUGAUAUCGGUUCUCUGGCUGUUGUUCAUCAUAUGUUGGCUAAUGAUCCAGGGAAGAGUCUUCUGCGUUUCAGACAGUCUCUUCUUCUCUUAAGGUUAAAUUGUCAGAAGGCGGCAAUGCGUAGCCUUAGGCUAGCUAGAAACCAUUCGAAGUCAGAGCAUGAGAGACUUGUAUAUGAAGGAUGGAUCUUGUAUGACACAGGACACCGUGAGGAAGCACUUGCCAAGGCUGAGGAAUCUAUUUCAAUACAAAGAUCCUUCGAAGCGUAUUUCCUCAAAGCUUAUGCUCUUGCAGACUCUACCCUCGACCCUGAGUCCUCAAAGUAUGUGAUCCAGCUACUCGAAGAAGCGCUUCGUUGUCCAUCGGAUGGUCUUCGUAAGGGGCAAGCUUUGAACAACUUGGGAAGUGUGUAUGUUGACUGUGAUAAGCUGGAUCUUGCAGCUGAUUGCUACACUAACGCGCUAAACAUCAAGCACACAAGAGCUCACCAAGGCUUAGCUCGUGUGUACCAUAUGAAAAACCAGACUAAAGCUGCCUACGAUGAGAUGACAAAGCUGAUAGAGAAAGCUCGGAACAAUGCAUCUGCCUUUGAGAAACGCUCAGAGUAUUGUGAACGAGAGAUGGCACAGAGCGACCUAGGGAUGGCCACACUCCUAGAUCCUCUUAGAACUUACCCUUACAGAUACAGAGCCGCAGUUCUAAUGGAUGACCAUAAAGAAACGGAAGCCAUUGAGGAGCUGUCGAAAGCCUUAGCCUUUAAACCUGACCUCCAGCUGUUACAUCUACGGGCAGCAUUCUAUGAUUCAAUGGGUGUAUCCGCAGACGCUAUCAGAGACUGUGAAGCAGCUCUGAGUCUUGAUCCGGACCACAAAGAUACCAUCGACCUCUAUAACAAAGCACGUGAACAACAACCAUAGACAAACCCAUCUGCAGUCUUAUUUAACUCUCCUACAAUACGGCGGGUGAGAGAGCUGCUUCCCUCUGAAACCUGAGAUGCACUUGUAUGCUUCACGCCAAUGGGAAAACUAAAGCUUGGUUCUCUUGUAAUCAAGAAGUUUUGAUAGAAGGGGGAACAAAGCAAAGGGGAACAAACCAAAGGAGCAGCGACUUAGAUUGUAAAUAUAAACUUUAUACUUUGUGGUUUUGUGAUUGAUUCUGGUUUGAUGAUUGGAUAAGAUUAAUAUAUAUAUAGUGCAGAGUGUUUUCCGGACAAAGGGAAAAAUGAAAAAAAAAAAUUGUUAUGUCUUGGUCUUCUUAAAGGUGUUUCACUUUGUGAUGCUUCUAUAUUUUGUCUUUCUUCU